GCUCCACUGAUGUCGUGGCGCUUUGGGGCAAGAAGUUGGUGUUGCUUGGGCCCCUGGGACUGAAGACGAGGUCCGGGUGACUCCGGCCCUUUCCUACCCACAUCUCCCUCGCUCGCCUUUCUCUCCUUCCUCUGGCAGGAUGAGGCGUGCAGGCCUGGGUGAAGGAGCACUUUCUGGCAACUAUGGGAACCAUGGCUAUUCUCACAGUGGGUACAGUGCCUGUGAAGAAGAGAAUGAGAGACUCACCGAGAGUCUUAGAAGCAAAGUAACUGCUAUAAAAUCUCUUUCCAUUGAAAUAGGCCAUGAAGUUAAAAGUCAAAAUAAGCUAUUAGCUGAAAUGGAUUCACAAUUUGAUUCUACAACUGGAUUUCUAGGUAAAACUAUGGGAAAACUGAAGAUUUUAUCCAGAGGGAGCCAAACCAAGCUGCUGUGCUAUAUGAUGUUGUUUUCAUUGUUUGUCUUUUUUGUCAUWUAUGGGAUUAUUAAACUGAGGUGAUGCAAGUAAGCCUGAGUUUGGAAUUUGUUCCAACUAAUAGGAUGAAGUUCCACUUUGAUAAAAAUCAGCAUCGCAACAUUCCUAAUUUUGAAAUAUUAGACCUUUUCCAUUGAAGAUUACUGAAUUUUGCUUGUUUUAUAAAUCACAUUAGAUAAUACAGUGCUCUUUGAAUACUGUUUCUUAUUGACUCAUUUAACCCCUAUUUUCAGGGGUAUUGAGAUGGCCUAAAAUCAGUGUUGCUCUACCAACCUUUUUUUCCCAUUGUUUGCUAGUUGUCAGAUUAAUAUCCUGUUGUUAUCAUAAAUGGAGGUUUAUGUUCCACAUAAGAAAUAGUGGGAAAGUAGUAAAAUGCCUGCAGAGCCUGAUUACCAGCUCUUAGGGUAGUAAGCCAGUCUGUGAUGGGAUGGUAAUUAUAUAUUUCUCAGCUGUCAUCAACUGGGGUAAUAUAUACCCCUUUUCUCCUUCAUUUGGUUACAAUUGGAGACUUAAGUUCUUUUUACCUAUAAUCUUAAUUUUUCAUCAAAUUACUCUUCUUUCCUUUCUGUCUAGGACUUCCUUCUUUAAUAAAGCUUGUUAAUUGGGCAUAUGUCUGGUAGGGCCUAAUCUACCUGUGUAUCAACAUAGUUAUUGUUUUAUAUUAACAUAAAUUCCAUUGACUUGGUUUAUGGUAGUUUUAUGAUUUUAGCUASUUAGGCAGGCCAUUUGAUUAUCAUUUGUGACAGAAUAAUGUGAAGUUAAGUGAUUGCUGAGCUCUGGGUAGAAAUAAAAUGUUCAAGAAAAUUAAUUGUCUCUGCUUUAUUAUGUGCUCAAAACAUUGAAAAUACUCAGCAUUGAACUCAAGAGUUAAGAGGAAUAUUAAUCCAGUGCAUUUGUUUAUAGAAAGCUAAACACAAAGGUGGAUUGUUAAGUAAAAAAGAAAUACUAAAAUAUUAUCAAAUACUCUGUAUUGCUACUACU